AGAUGCUCGCGGCACCCAAAGCCACCAAAGAUUGUGCCCUAUCGGCAACUCUUUACUGGUUCCAGACCCAUUUUUGACCAGAGCAAAGGAGAUGAGGAACUGAGUCCGAGACUAUGGGGUGGCCACCUGCUCAGAAGCCGGAGGACUCAAAAGAAGAGCACGGAGGCCCGGCCCAGAAGGACGUCUGUGCUACUCAAGUUUCAGAAGAGUUCCUCAGGUCCUGUACUGAUGAGGUACUGAGUUCUGGUUCCAACAGCUUCUCUGGAGAACUGCAAUCCUGUUCACACACCUCUGAGAGCCCACAAGAGACCAAAACGCCGAGUACAAGUUCGGAAGAACAAGACGAGCAGUCAGAACUUUCAGUCUUACAGAAGGAUGAAAAUAAGCUGAGAGAAAAGUGGAUCAACCACCUCAAGAGGAAAGAAAUUCAUUCUGAAAGGUAUCAGUCGGAUCGUAGACUCCCCCCAGAAAUCCCUAAGGAAUCCGCAGAAGAAUUGACUGCCCUGCGGUCUUUUUGUACUAAAAAAGUAAAUUUGAUCCACCAAAGAGAGGAUUCAAGAGCUAAAAAAAGCAGCAGAUCCAAAAGGCUGCAGCUCAGAUGGAUGGCAGAGACUUCAGAGGUAGAUGAUUUCAAUUGUACGAUCCCCAAUGAACUGUUGAACAGAAUCUAUUUGGAAAACACGAGAGCGACUCUAGCGUACAUAGAGGCGAUUACCCAACACAUUUCUUCCCAGUGUCCCAGCUGUAAUAGCAAAAGAGCAGAGCUGGCUCAAUCUGACUUCCUGAGACGAAGGAAGACUUUACUGCAGUCAAUACUACUCCAAGAGAAACUAGAUGAACACCUUCAUACCACAGACUUUCUCACCCGUGUUGGAGAAGCACAUCAGGGCUUCCCCAGGCUUUCAGAUGAUCCUGGGAUCAUCUGGAAGCGACUGACUGAGAAAAUGCAGAAGGGAAGUCCUGGCUUUGGGCGGGCAUAUUCAAAGCAGGUGUGAAGACUGUGCAAAUUCUUGGUAACGCUUCUCAACUCAGUUCCAACCAGAUAGGAGGUGCCGACUACUAAUGAUGAUAUGUAAUGUGCCCAACCAGGGGGUGGUGACUAUUAAUGAUUAGUGAUAUUAUGUGAUGUGCAUACAUGUACUUGAUGUGUAUUUGAGUAAUUACCAUCUCUUAUAGAGGAAAGAAACUAAUGUAAGAUUUUCUUCUGCUUCCUUCAUAGAGGUCUAAAUCAUUCCAUCCAAUAGAUUUUUCACAUUAUGGAAGACAACUGGAGGAAUUGCAAAACCUUUGUAAUUUAGGGUAUAUAUAUAUAAUGAAAUAUAUAACAUAUGAUGAUAUAUAAUGGUAGUUUGGAGUGGUGAUUGACAGUACAGACAGAAAGAAGUAAACAGAUUUAAGAGAGUUAGGAAGCAGUGACUAGGGCUGGUUUUGGUGAUGAAAUGGCUGUGGGGAUUUACUAAAAGCUAAAUAUUUAAAAGGCACUAGGAUUCUGACUUGUGUGUACUUGAGUGGAUAGUUAUUUCUUUAAGACAGAAUUCUCUUUAGUUUCUGUCAACUUGACAAAAACUAGAGUGACUUGGGAAGAGGAUACCUCAACCUAGGAAUUGCCUCUAUGCACUGGCCUCUGGGCAUUUCUGAGGGAGCACUUACUUGCUUGAUGAUGGAUGUGGGAAGGUUUGUCCCACUGCCGCCCCUAGUCAGGUAGUCUCAGGCUCUGUAACAUGGCAAGCUCAGCGAGCUAUGGAGAGCAAGCCAGUAGGUCACAUUUUCCCAUGCUUUCUGUUUAGUCCUUGCCGAAAAGUUUCUGCCUUCAGUUCCUGUCUUUGCAUCUCUCUAUGACUGACAGUAUAUUUACUAAAUAAAACUGUUUCUUCCCUAA